GAUUCCCUUCGUCCGGGUCAUGGCUGAUGGCACACCCAUGAGGGUACUUCUGCGGGACGCUUCUUGGCCGGCCCGUCUGCCUACGUCUUUGUUCCUUAUUGGGAAAGAUGCGCUGCUGCUAGUUUUCGAUCUGACCAACCCGCUGUCUUUGCAGGCAGUCCCCAGGUGGAUUCAGAGCGAUGCCGCGCAGGCCCUGCCAGCGAAGCUUCUGAUCGGCAACAAGGCCGACAUGCAGGCUCAGCGCAAAGUUUCGCGUGCCGAAGCCGAGAAUUACGCCAUGGCGAAUGGUUUGGCUUACUUCGAAACCUCUGCCGAAGAUGGAACUGGUGUCGAUGCAGCCAUGGACUACGCAAUUUUCCAUGCUCUUUCAAAGCUGAAGAGCCUCCCAUCGGACCUGACUCCCCCUGCGGAGUCCGCUGAUGAGUUCCCCAGAUGCCAUGUACAGUGA